UUCAAUUUUUCAUACCCAGUUUAAAGCAAGACGAGAUGGUGCUGUCAUAUGUGCUGAAAUUCUUAUGGGUCGUGUACUUGAAAUAGAAAAUGAUGAAUUAGAAAAUGUAUCAAAUACAAAUGCAUGGCAUCAGACUUUUGACACAAUAUAUUAUCGUCAUCCAAGACAACCAUUACGAGAUGAAUUUUGUAUUAAAAGUAAUGAGCAAAUAUUGAAAUGGAUUAUGUACAUUGAACCACCGUCUGAUACCAAUGUAGCACGAUAUGGGUUGCACACAGAGUUUACCGAUACUAAAUGUCGUUGUAUUUAA